ACAUCGCCUCUCUAAUUAUGGUGAAAAUCGUUAUACAAUGAAAACAGAAGGUGCUGUAAGAUGUGAAGAAAAGAUUAAUAUUAAUGGAUCCCGGUUCAGAUUGAAGUACGAAACGAGAGGAUACUUCUUUCUAUAUUUUUGGUCCUUAAGUUCAGGGAGUGAAUUCACUGACCAGCAGAUGUAUCACUUUAACUAA